AUGCCAAAGCUGGCAUCUCGUAUUCCAUUCCGACGGGUCACUUCCCGAUCUUUUGCCUCAGAGGCGCGACACCGGCUGGCGCAGCCUCGACAUGGCCUCCUCACUGAACCCUGGCCCUCUCCAACACCCUCUUUGCCCGCCGCUUAUUUCACACCCACUAGGCUUCGGCGGGAGGGAGGGCUAAGCGACCGUAGAGACGACCAUAAGCCGCCAGAUGAACGAACGCUGAAGCUUGGAAAGACUCUCCGAACCCUCUCUCCACUUCUCCCCACUCUUCUCUAUAACACACUACCAACCAACAUUCUCUCUCCAAGUGUGAACCUCCACCUAUUCCCAUCCACCCAUCCUCACCUCCCCAUCGUCAAAGGCCGCACCCUCUACCGCGCAGCGCUAUGGACCGUCCCUGUCGCAUGGAGCAGCGUCCCACUAGUCGGCAAUGUCAAGCUCCAAAUCCUCAGCGAGCGGAUUGUGCGCUCGGGAACACUUCUUGACCCCACCCAUGACGGCAACCACCAUGACUGUGGCGAUGAGCGUCUCAUAGUUCGUUGGAAAACAGAGCCUCGAACAGACAGCAGACCAUUCCAUGCUCCCUCAACAGCACCAAAACCUCAGACCAGUCAUCUCUCCAAUUCAGAAGGCACCAACAAAGGUCUGAGUGUUCUUCUGGGUGGAGAUGAGCCGAUCUUCAAGCUCUCGAAAGAAGAGCAAUUCACGGGGAUCUUCAUCUUUUCUUUCGAUGAGGAGGGUCGCAUCUUGACUCAUACGAUUGAACAUGCAGAUGAGGCGGAUGGCUGGGACCGGACUGCGAAAUUCGUCACUUUGACGGAUUGGCUAAUUGGAAAGGCCCGCGGUUCAUUGGAUCCCAACCCGGAGCUUGCGAUACAGUGUCAGAACGAAGUCGCUAGAAGAUGA